AUGAGCAGAGGAGCGACCCUGCAGCGCCGGACCACCUACCUGAUCUCGCUGACCCUGGUCAAGCUCGAGUCGGUGCAGCAGCAAGAAGGCGACGACAAGGCGGGCGCCGGCGAUGGGGGCGUCGUGCCCGACGGCAGGGACGGCGGCCCCGCGCGAGUCUCGUCGCCCUGCGCGGCGGAUCCCUCCGGGCUGAAGGACCGCAAGGAAGCCGAGGAAGCGGCGGCCGCCAAGCUCAAGAGGCAGGAGCGCAUCUUCCACCGGCAGGAUGCGCUCUGGAUCAGCACCAGCAGCGCCAGCACGUCCGACUACCUGCUGCAGCUCUCGCCCAGCAGCCCCGGGACGCCCAGCUCGUCCCCGUCCCCAGAUGGCACAGGGCGGCCGGGCUCCGUGUGGACACCGCCCAGGGGCACCGCCGGCCGAGGAAGCCCGUGGGACCCCAAGGCCAAAGCCGCCAUGAGCCCAGAAGGAAGACCCCUUGCGCCAAAGCCCGAAGGGCUGGUGUCUUUGGGUGCUCCGGCGGUGCCCCCCAAACCUGAGCUGGCACUGCCCCCCAAGCCGGCGACAGCUGCGAUCUCCAAAUCUGAACCAGCUGUGCCCUUUGUAGCCCCGCCUUUGGCCCCCAAACCUGAACUGGUUGUGCCCUCUGUCGCCCCACCUCUGGCUCCCAAACCUGAGCCGGCUGUUCCUUCUAUAGCCCCGACUGUCCCCCCCAAACCUGAGCUGCCUCCAGCUGUUCUCUUUUCGCCCACCGCUCCUAAGGUUGAGGCUGCCAUUCCUCCAGCUGCAACUGCCAAGCCUGAAGUAACUGUGGUUUCUGCGGCUCCAGCUGUGGCUCCGAAACCCAAAGCCAUUUUGGUCCCUGUCGUUCCCCCCAUUCCCCCCAAGCCAGAGGUGAUUCCAAUCCCCCCCAAGGCUGGGCUGAAGGAGACCUUGGGGGUGCCUGGGGACGAGUCGCCAGUUCCAACGCCCACCACUGCCAGUUGCUCCUCCAGUGCCGCAGCGCCAGGGCGCCGAAUGUUGGUGAGCCAUGCCAGCUGGGGUGGCCCAGAGCCUGGGACCCUGGAAAUGAGUGUGGGCCGGGUGGGUGGCUCUUCUUUCUCACACUCGGGAGCCUCCUCUCCUCACCCAGCCGCUGGGAACCGCCGCCUUCGCCUGGCCACCAAUAAGCCUUUCAAGACAGUGACCACCAGCGGGGCCAAGGUGAGUGCCGAGCCAAAGGCUGGCAAAGGGGGCCACAAGGGGGCCACCCCCAACCGCCUGUCGUGGCCCGAGAGCGAAGUCAAGGGACGCAUGAAGGUAGCUGUCAAGGGCAGUGGGGAGACGGUCCCUAGAGGGGGAUCCCGGGCAAAACUAUCCCCUCACAAGAACAAAAGCAAGACUCUGGACAACAGUGACCUCAACCAUGGCCCGGGCAGUCUGGCCUCUUCUGGCUCCUGCUCCUCAGAGGCAGCUGUGGGGCUGAAGAGAGGCCGGGAGGGUGGUCGGGCCUCUACCCGGGACCGUAAAAUGCUCAAGUUCAUCAGCGGCAUCUUCACCAAGAGCCCGGCAUCCACUCCCACCCACCCUGGACCUGGCUGGAGCCUUAGCCAUAAGGAGCUGCUCAGCGUUGAACUGGCCAAGGGUGAAUUGCCCAGUAAGUACAGUGGCCUAAGAGGCCCAGCCUCUCUCUGA